AUGAGUGCCACUGCUACGAGCUUCACUUCACUCUUUCUCAACAACUCUUCUUCUCCACCAACUUCUUUGGUCAGGAAAUUUAAGACCUUGGGUACGUAUGGAAUAAAGUCUAUCCUUAAGGCUUCUUCUACAAGUUUGCCGCCGGUGGUUAAAGUGUAUGCACGAGCAGGAACUCCUCACAAUAUCAGUGGGCAUGAAGUCGAUCUUAAAUCACCACCGUUGCCUGAUAUGAUGAAAUUUCUCAACCAACUGCCUGGCUCUGGUUCUGUGUUUAGUGCUAUUCCCAACGCUGAUGAGAAGAAGUGGAAGCUUCUUGUUAGGAACCUUGUUGAUGCCUUUUCAAUGGGGGAGAUUGUUAAUGGUGGGCCUGUUUUUCGUCAAAAUUACUGUAUUCGAUCAUAUGACUUGGGCCCAAAUCAAUCAGCAUCCCUACAGACAUUAAUGAACCUUAUACAGUUUGAAGGCGAAAUUCUUGCAAGAUCUACCAGUAUCUCCAUGAUGAUGAACAAGCAAACAAGGAAAUUAUCUAAAUUCCCACAGGAGUUUGGAAGGGAAACAGAGUCUUUUGUGUUGAAUUGUGAUCCUCUUUUGGAUGGGAAUAGCAUGAAACUACCAAAAUUUGAUGACAAUAAUAUGGAGUAUGUCCAGACUGGCUUAAUACCUAUAUGGAAUGAUUUGGAUGUCAAUCAACAUGUGAGCCAUGUCAAAUACAGCGGAUGGAUGGUGCAGACUGUCCCAGACUCAAUCUUGAAGACCCAUGAACUUGCUGCCAUUACUAUGGAGUUCAGGAGGGAAUGUGGGCUGGAUAGUGUACUAGAGUCCCUAACUUCUGUUGUUGAUGAUGCUAGCAAUGCUGCCGAAGUCAAAUCCAUUCACUUAUUGCGUCUUGAGAAUGGGGCUGUAGUUGCCAAGGGAUGGACUAAAUGGAGACUCAAAGAUGCAAACAAUACAUUGGCAUUUGGAGAAACUCUUUCACCAUGA